AUGUUUUCAUCUCCCGAUCUGCCAUAUCUCUCUUUCCCCCACCUACCAUCCCUAUUUCUCUUCUCCAUCGCUCAAUACUUCUCUCUCUCCAAAAAUUACAGGCUCGUCGGCGUGAAGAUCCCACACACACCACCAACUCUCAUGACGCACGCACAGGAGAUCAGAGGCGUCUUCCUCCAUUGGUCGGCGGCCGACGGAACUGUUGUGACGCGGCGGUGGCGGUGGAUGAGGGCGUUGCGACGUGGUGACUGUCGGAGUCGAAAAUAUGUGCUUGUGGACGGAGACGAGGCAUCGAGCCGACUGACAGAGAUGAGGCGGCGAGCCAGCGGCGGAGGAAGACGAGGAGUCGCGUCUGCUGAAGGUGACGAUGCUAUGAAGCGGCGAACUGCGGCGCGACUCGACGGCGAAGGCUGUCCGGCGGCGGCUGCGUGUUGUGUGCGAAACGACGCCGGCGGUGCGCUGAAGUAG